AUGGUUAAACUCAUCAUUUUCAUCGCUCUCUUAUGUUUGGGAUUGAUCUCAGCUCGUGGUCCAGGUGGCUUUAGACGACCAGGUGGCUUUGGACCAUCCGGUGGUGGUAAUUAUCAUGGUGGUCCAAGUGGAGAUAAUGGCAACGCACUAGCAUCGACACUGUGUGCCAAUGACACCUUGGCUUCAUUAUAUGUCUCCCAAAACCAAGCACUUAUUACAGAACUGAAUAACAAUGGUUCCUUCACAGAUUUGGCACAAAAACGAGUAAAAGAGUGGGCAUAUUUUCAGAAUGCUACUAACAAUGAGCUUCUUGCAUCGAACUGCACAGAAUACUGUGCUGGUUUGAAUGCAGCUCGUGCAGAUGAUAUGGCUGCCAAAAAUCAACGAGACCAAUACACAAAGAUCGGUGAAGGUCGCUUUAAAAACAUUCUUCGAAGUCUCGGGAUUGGUGUGAGAGGUGAUAGUCAUGAAAAAUGA